AUGCUGGCCCCGCAGAUCGCGAACUUGAUCCAGUUCUUCUAUCCUAUCGGCAACACACCUGCUGUCUGCUUGACUCAAGAUCUGCCACAAAAGAAGAACGCUGAUCUACUGCUUCUCGGCUGCGGGGAUGUUCGCCAUAUCCUCUUCACCAUACACACGGAGCAACAAGCUCGCGACCCACGUCUUUUAGACGCUACAUGCUGCGAUGUAGACACCGCUGUGAUUGCUCGCAACAUUGUGUUGCUGUCACUGAUUCUGGAUGAUGUUGAUGGCGCGAACGACCAAUUCAUUUGGAAUCUUUUCUAUCAUUUCCGCAUCGAUGACAGUUCCCUUAACUUAUUGCAAACCCAAACAACCAAACUGUUGUCUCACUCAACCUCGCUGCCAACCUGGCAACAGAGCCAGUAUGGCCGCGUCAUCAGAAUCUCCGAUUAUAUCUCUCUUGAACGGGUACGGGACAUGUGGCGCUUCUAUGGAGAAAAGAGAGACGGGGAUGUGCUUAGCUGCUUUAAGAAGAAGGUCGAUGAUGGAAUGAGAAUGUCUCAACGGUUCCGAAAGUUGGUGGUUGGUGACAAGAUGACUGUGGGAACGGGAAUCCGAGCCGCUGCCCCUGCGUGCAUGCAAGCUAUCCUCGAUCUCCCUACCUUGUACAAGAACUAUUGGGCUUUUGGUACCACUGAGACUGAUGAAGCAGCUCGUUCCCUCGCGGUUAAUUCCAAUCCCAUGUUUGUGCCCAAGGAUGGAAACAUGUUCUUGCAUUAUGGGACCGACCCGGUGCUUGGUUUCCACAUCAGUUCUUGCUAUGCUCCUAUUGAGCCAACAUCGCCUCACUCGGGCUCUUCUUCCAAAAGACCUGAGCUGCAUGAAAUUGUCAAGUGCGCCAGGGCAGAGUUCGGCACCUGGACGAAGUCAUUCAGGGCGCAUUCCAUGGCUGACUUGAUAACACUACGGUUCUUUGUUGGAGAUGCGGUGGCCUUUGUAUACGCCCUCCAACAGUUGCGUAUCACCGGUCCCUCAAAGUCGCCUCAUUGCUACCGCGAUCGUUAUCAUUUCGAGCCGCUGGUCUUGGAUGACGAACACUACUCGGACGCCUCAGCACCACUCGUGUUCGAUAUUAUUGACACAUCUAACCUUAUCGAUCAUUUCGGGGCUUUGAAUCUGCUUGUCGCCACGUCGCCGCUUCUUCGCAACAGCUUUUCAGCCACUGUUUAUUCGGAAAAGCUUGUGCGGACCCAGGAAACUCAGAUAUCCCUUCUUGAAACACUUCUGUGUGGAGACGUGACUACGGUUACCUCGCUUCUCGGCCUGGUGCCCGUGGAGGUCGCGACAAACACCGCAUUCUCUUCUGCAGGUGAUGAAGCACUAUGUCUAAACUCGUCAGGACCCUCAUCGAGGGCUGGACAAGUGUUUGCGAGAAUUGCAUGGAAGAGACCAUUGAAUCCGGCUGACGCAGGUGUCAACACACUAGGCCUUAUUCACUUUGACUCCGCCGGCCUAGCACAGGUGCUCUACCGUGUUUUCUUGAGAAUGUUCGCCGAUGAGGAUGUCUCAAAGUUGCUUGCCAGAAUGCAAAGCGCACAAAUACCAUCUCUACCAACUUACAACCGGGCGAGCUUUGUCGCUUUUCUUUGCCUUGUCAAGACAAGGACCGGCACCGACUGGAAUAAUACAAUGGAAGAAUUGCUUAAGCUCGUGUAUCAAGACACCAGUCUUGCAUUUGCCAGUACCUACAUUCAAGAGCUGAAUCUGUGGAUGCAUUUGAAGGGGCUUUACUCCGUUGAUAUUUUGAAAGGCUCACCCAACAGCCUGGCUGGCCCUCCUAAAUCUGGGACCUUGCAGGGCUGGCAGAACAUGCCACCUAUGGUCAGUGUCACCCUUCGGAUUCCUCGAAACAAAUUAGACGCAUUUAUCGCCCAAGCCAUCAAGGUCGGUUUUACACCCCCGCUCCAUGCUAUCCUGCAAUCCUCACCACGAGCAGCCAAUCAGUGGAAAAAUAUGUUUGCGGAAACGCAGAUUGGAUUUGGUAACCUCAAAGCCAAAGGAUCCAGAUACAGCGACUCGUUUGAAGUGGAAAUUGAUGAAGACCAAUUGGGAUGGAAGGGAAAGUCGCCAAUGUUUCUUUCUUUCUAUGUGCCAAGUUGGAUUCUGCUUCAAGAGCCACGUACCGCCACUGUCUCGUUGGCUAUUCCGCACUCCCCUACAACAACCGUGGUAUUUGCCAGUAGCUUGGGACACAACCUGAGCAUCUUCACUGCGAAACAGGAGGAGGUUGAACAUGUCUACAUUACCAAGAACCAGCCACAUCAGAGUGAUGUUAUGUCCAUACAUGCCUUUGGUUCGGGGGAUGUCAAGAACGAAGUCCCUCCCGACGGAAACUCGGAAACAACCAUCACUGCCACCGUCAAUGAAAAAAGCGGCCAAAUUUCGUCAUUCACAGCCCGUGUCCAAAUUCUAUCUGAGCAAUCAAAAGCUCUACUUCGAGAUUGCUGCGAGAUCAAGCGAUCCUUACGAUCACCGUUCAACUAUGUCUUGUCUCUUGGAAAGGGACCAAGCUUCAAAGCCAAUUUCCCUGCUCCUGUGUUGGACUCUACUGCCAGAGUGAGAAUUGCUCGCAAGUCAUCUUACCUUGAGCUCGUCGCAGACGUUGCAAAGUCUACCGACUGGUCAGCUUUGCACUCCUUCAUGUAUCCUGUAUUCAUGGAUUCGGGAUCGCCCGCUAUGUGGAAUAUGCCGCACGUCAAUCUCUCAUCACUUCUCACCAUAGGCCUAACCAAUCCUUCCUGUGCACGUCUAGGAUGGCUACGAAUGCAUCUUCCAACCAUGUGGUCCGCACAAGAAUAUGCCCUGAAGUUUAACCCUUCAUUGCCAGCUUCACCAAGUGCCCGGGCGAGAGUGGACUUCAAGGACGGUUUAUUCCACAUAAUUCUAGGGUUCAGUGGAACAGAAGGUCCCCAGGCCUCUGUCUACGGUAUCGACUGCCCCGAAGAGAAGGGCGUGCAUAUGCUGGUUUUCAUAUCCAAGAUUUCUCUCUUUGUAUACUAA